CGGAGACCCGCGGCGCGCGGCGACAUGGCCGGCGGCCACCGCCUCCUGCUGGAGAACGCGCGGCAAGUGGUGAUGGUGUGCGCCCGCGGUGAGCGCUUCCUGGCGCGGGACGCGCUGUGCCGCCUGGCCGUGCUGGAGGGCGCCAGCCUCGUGGUGGGCACGGAUGGGUUUAUAAAAGCCAUCGGUCCUGCUGAUGAGAUCCAAAAAAUGUUUUGCGAAGAUUCAUUUGACGAAAGGAUUGACUGUUCUGGGAAAUGCAUCUUGCCAGGUUUGGUGGACGCACACACACAUCCAGUAUGGGCUGGCGAAAGAGUUCACGAGUUUGCAAUGAAGUUGGCAGGAGCCACGUACAUGGAUAUUCACCAGGCUGGAGGAGGGAUCAACUUCACGGUGGAGCGCACGCGCCAGGCCUCGGAGGAGGAGCUGUUCUGCUCCUUCCAGGAGCGGCUGCAGUGCAUGAUGAGGGCGGGGACCACGCUGGUGGAGUGCAAGAGCGGAUACGGCCUCAACCUGGAGACCGAGCUGAAGAUGCUGCGCGUGAUCGAGCGCGCUCGGCGUCAGCUGCCCAUAGGCAUCUCCGCCACUUACUGCGGGGCUCACUCGGUGCCAAAGGGGAAGACCGCAUCAGAGGCUGCUGAUGAAAUCAUCAGUAGCCACCUCCCGAAGCUGAAGGAGCUUGCCAGAAGUGGGGAAAUCCACGUGGACAAUAUAGAUGUUUUCUGCGAGAAGGGGGUCUUUGAUCUCGACUCCACCAGGAGGAUUCUUCAAAGCGGAAAAGAGAUGGGAUUACAGAUUAACUUCCACGGGGACGAGCUGCACCCGAUGAAGGCUGCCGAGCUCGGGGCUGAGCUGGGAGCCCAGGCAAUCAGUCACCUGGAAGAAGCGAGCGAUGAGGGCAUCACUGCCAUGGCAACGGCCCAGUGCUCGGCCGUCCUUCUGCCCACCACGGCCUACAUGCUGAGACUGAAACAACCCCGCGCUAGGAAGAUGUUGGAGGAAGGGGUAAUCGUUGCUCUGGGCAGUGAUUUCAACCCAAACGCAUAUUGCUUUUCAAUGCCGGUGGUCAUGCACUUGGCCUGCGUGAACAUGCGACUGUCCAUGCCGGAAGCCUUGGCCGCUGCCACCAUCAAUGCAGCCUAUGCCCUGGGAAGAUCUCACACCCACGGAUCUCUGGAAGUCGGCAAACAGGGAGAUCUCAUCAUCAUCAAUGCGUCCAGAUGGGAGCAUUUGAUUUACCAGUUUGGAGGCCAUCAUGAAUUAAUUGAAUAUGUUGUAGCUAAAGGAAAAGUCAUCUAUAAAAAAUGAAAGAUCUGAAAGGAAAGAGAAGACCUUUCGACUACAUAAGUCAAUGCUGUUGGAGUCCAAGUUAAAAUACCAUAGUAAUUUUCCAGAAUGAUGUCACUUAAAUAUAUUUCAGUGCUUUGUUAAUCCACUUGAAAAAAACCAAGUCAUUAAUUUCUUUUAAUUUAACACAUGCACCUGGACAUCUAAGCAGGUAAAUCAUUUGGAUCUCAAUCUCAGAACAUGAAAUCCUUUCACAGAGAUUUGCUACAAAUAUUUUGAAGAUUCAGAUGGUAGGGUAUCAUCGGAAUGCCUUCAUGGGGGAAAAGCUGAUUGGCAGUUAGGUAGACAUGGCUUGAAAUUCCCAUUUUGUUUGUGCUUUUCAAGUUUCAGUUCUUAAACAGUACUUCGCAAAAAUUAGGGUAUGGCGAGAAAUCCAAGUGAUAUGCCCCAAAUUAAGCAAAUGUAGCCUUCUAUUAUAAGCAGCUAGUUUGUCCUUUUCCCACAUGGUUUGCCUUUCUAGAAGCUCUUCGAAUGCAUGAGUGUCCCUUGAAGGAGGGUGUCCUUCGAGUUCUCAUUUCUUCUGGACUCUAACAGUAGCCCUUCCCAAGAGUUCAAGACCCAUCCUUUUAUACGUGGGGACGGGGACUUCCUAGAAUGGAUGCAUUUGGACCAAAUCUGAUAAUGUAGUUUUUAAAAAUCACUCUCAAGAGUUUGAUUAUUCACAUUAUAAAUGUAUGACAGAAUGGAUAUAGGUCUCAAUAAAUAUGUGUUGACACUGUU